UUCAGGCAGGCUGUGUGUUAAUGUAUAAAGGUGCAGUAUUGACAGUACUUAUAUGGAAAUGAAGGAACUGUCUUCAGAAGAACAGGAAGAGGUGGAUCUGAUCAGUAGAAAUCUGAACAAGUCUCACUCACACACAGCACAGCAAGGGAGAGAGACUUGAAAAACUUGAGAGACAAACUGAUGGACUGGGAAACAGGUAACAGCUCAGCAAGCAAAGGGCAUACCGCACAGAGGUAUGAAGGGGUAUAGAGAACACACAGGUAGAACGAGAGAAUCAGAGAGGGAGAGGCUGUGAUAACAAACAGACAAACAAGUAGAGACAGAAACGGGGAGAGGAAAGACCGAGAGAAUCAGAGCUAGAGGGAGAGAGAGAGAGAGAGAGAGACAGAGACGGACUGUGAUAAUAGACAAGUAGAGAUAGAAACAGGGAGAGGAGAGACAGAGGAUCAGAGCUAGAGGGAGAGAGAGAGAGAGAGAGAGAGUCAGAAACAGAGACAUACUGUGAAAAUAGUCAGACAAACCCGUAGAGACAGAAACAGGGAGAGGAGAGACCGAGGGAAUCAGAGCUAGAGGGAGAGACAGAGAGACAGAGAGAGAGAGAGACGGACUGUGAUAACAAACAGACCGACAAGUAGAGAUAGAAACAGGGAGAGGAGAGACCGAGAGAAUCAGUGACAGAGAGAAAGGCACAGCCAGGAAGGUGAGAGGAGGUGAUGGCCAGUGAUGGAGGGAAGGGUGUGCAGCGAGGAUCAGAGCUGACUGAUAACCUGAGCACUGACCUCAGCUGCCCCAUCUGCAUUGACUACUUCCGUGAGCCGGUGAGCCUGAGGUGCGGCCACAACUUCUGCAGGGAGUGCAUCCUGCAUGCCUGGGCGCGGUCCGAGCACGCUAACGGCAGUGUCUCCUGCCCUCAGUGCAGGCGGCAGUGCGACAGGCUGGACAUCACCAGCAACCGGCUGCUGGCGAGUAUCGUGGAGGGCUUCCAGAGGCUGUGCCACCCCCACCCUGCCUCCCCGCCACCCCCAAGGUGCCAGCUCCACCAGCAGGGGCUCCGCCUCUUCUGCUCCGAUGACCUGCAGCUCGUCUGCCGGGCCUGCUUGAAGUCCCAGCAGCACAGGAACCAUAAGUGCACCGCCAUCGGCAAGGCUUACAAAGUCUGCAAGGCCAGUUCAAUUCAACUGCUCCAGAAGAAACUGAAGGAAUAUCGUGAUGCCCAGGCAGAGGCAGGACUGAAGAUCUCCGAAACCCUGGAGCGGGCGGACCGCCUGAGGGACCAGAUCGCGGCCGAGUUUGCGGAGCUGCAGCGGUUCCUGCAGCAGCAACAGCAAGCUGUCCUCCAGAGCCUGAGGGAGGCGGCCGACUCUGCCGUCACCCAGCUGGCGUCCAACAUGGCGCUGAUCUCUGCUCGCUGUGACCUCAUCGAGGAGGCCCUCGAAGACAUCCAGUCAACAUGGGAGAAGACAAAGCUUCUGAGGAUUCAGAGUUUACAUUUAAAGGUGUAG